CGCUGGUUAUAAUGCUGCAGCUGCUUCCUCUUCCUGUGGUUCCGACUCGUCUGUAGCGGGUCAAGCUCGCGGCUUCUGGAUCAGCGGUUCCGGAAGGAUUCGUGAGGCUUUUCCCGAACUUUUCCUUUAGCUGCGUUCAGGUGCUGUCAGCAGGAAGCAGCUUUGACCUAAAAUCAACCUGUAUCCAAUCAGAGCGCAGACUGAACCCGGACAGACUGGUUCUGCUCAACAUUUUCAUCUCUGGAUCCAACAGAACCGGUUCAUGUGGAUCCGCCGAGCAGCAGAGAGUUUCACCAGAAUGAGUCCAGAGGGUUUCUGAUCCUUCGUUCUGACAGGAAGAAGAAGAUGUUCUGGAUCCUCCUGCACGUGUCCCUGCUAGUCCCUGCGGUCCAGAUGUUGGUUCUGAACGGUUCUACGGAGGUCUGGACCCGAUCCGCCCUCAGCCUGCCCACCGCUAACAUGACAUGUGGAGAUGAGCUGACGGAUCAGAACCCGCUCAACAGAACCACAACCGUCGCUCCGCAGACGGGAAACCUGACCCUGACCGUGACCUCUGACCCCAGGGCCUCCACAAAGCGAGCGCCUCAGGUCAAAGAAUCGUUUCCAACGUGGGCCAGAGUUCUGCUGGUCCCUCUGGUGGUUCUGGUUCUGGUCACUGGAGCCGUUUUCUGUCAUUUCAGGCACAACUUCAUGAGAGGUUACAACAGAAACAUCGAGGCCGACUCCGGUCAGCCGUUCGUCCUGCUGCCCUGCAGGACCAACGGUCGCCUGCCGAGCGACGCCACGGUGGAAUGGACGGACCGCUACGGCAACAAGGUCCACGUCUACCAGAACCACGACAGCGUCCCCGAGAAACAGAUCCAGUUCUACAGAACCAGGACGGAGAUGAGCGAGGACCCGCUGCAGACCGGAGACCUGAGCCUGACACUGAGGUUCCCCACAGGCGCAGACACGGACACCUUCACCUGCUGCGUCUACAGCCGCAGCAAACGCAUCCUGAUGAAGACGCAGGUUCAGCUGCAGGUCAAAGUCCAACAGGUGGAGGUGAGUGCAGGUGCAGACAAAGUCCUGCUACCCUGCCACACCUCAGCCGAGCUGUUCAAGUCUUGUAAAGUUGAGUGGAAGGACAGUGAAAACCAGAUGGUGCACGUGUUUCUGGACGGUUCUGACCGUCCGGAGAACCAGGACCGGUUCUACAGAAACAGAACCGAGACGAACAAAGACUGGACACAAACUGGAGACCUCACUCUGACUCUGAAACACCUCACCUACGAAGACAGCAACAUCUACACCUGCAGCAUCUUCAGCCAGGAGGGAACCAUCCUGUACAAGAAGCAAGUUCAGCUCAAGGUCGAAGACUGUCAGGUGGAGGUGGAGGAAGGGGCGGAGUCAGUCCUGCUGCCGUUCAAAGUGGCGCCUGAACUCCUUAAAGGCGCCAGAGUUGUGUGGUGGCGCUACGACCCGCAACCGGUGGUGAUCGUUCAUGCUUAUAGAUACCUUUCUGAUCAGCUGCAAGAGCAGGACCAUCACUACAGAACCAGAACCAAGAUGAAUGAAGACCUGCUACAAACAGGAGACAUCAGCCUGACCCUGAGCCGACCCGCAGCCGACGCCGCUGAGAGCUACAGGUGUGGCGUCUGGAGGAGAACGAAACUGGUGGCGUGGACCACGGUUCUGCUCAAAUUCAAAGGAGGAGCCCGGGUUCAGGAUGAAGAUCCUGGAGUCAGGGACCAAAGCGACUCCAUCGAUAUGACUCCGCUCAUGUCUGCUGAGUCAAACGACUCUUUAUUCGACGCUCUGACGUGACCUGCUGUGGAAACUGUGACGUCACUUCCUCUUUCAGAGGAGCGAUGUCACUGCAGAGGAAGUGGCAUCAUUUUUUCACUUAGAGAAAAGCUGAAAAAACAAAAUCACUUUCUAAAAUUCACAAGGAUUUGAACCAACAACCUUCUUGCUUAAGAUUGAAAUCUUUUAUUCUUCAAAUGUUUCUUGUAGAAAGUUUAUCUGUUCAUAUUCAACAUCUCUGAACCUGGUUUCCAUCAUCUUCACUUUCCAAGUGUAACUCGGUAAAAUCAGCCUUUAAUUAGGCCGUUUCCUCUAAAUGCAUCACCAUUAUGUCUAAUUUGACAGAAUCAUGUGAUUCAUUCAGCCGGAGCUGUAACAGGUUUGUACUUUCAAACUACUUCCUGUUUUAUCCUUUUUAUGUUCUAUCUGCACUUUAAGGCUCACGAUACAAAUAUGAUUCAUAUCUGAUCCCAGUGGGUCUGGUUUUUCAUGACCUGAAUUGUAAAUGGAAUUGCUGAGUUGUGAAUAAAAUGUUUGUUUGUAGCUUAUUCUAAUUGGUUAGCUGGCAAAACAAACUUUUUUUACCUUCUAUGUUGAGUUUAACUUGGUAAAUUAAAUGCUUGCUGUGUAAUAUUAAUAUGGCACUUUUACUGGUGGCCGUUUAAAAAUGUCUGGUUAACUAGCAGGAUGAUAUUUUACUAGUCCUGUCAGUUUCCACUUUCAACGAAGUGGAAACUGACGGUUUAAUUGGAAAAUUUGUGACUGUCAUUUGGAAACCUUAUGCACAUUAUUACUGAAAGGUAACUUCAGUGUUGUGUAUAUAUUUCUGUUUAUUUUUUAUGGUGUUCACUUAUUUUAAGGAAUACAUGGUACUGAAAACAAUCAUUUUUCUCUUUGUUGUUUUUAUUAACUUUUGUCAUUUGCUCCGGUACUCGUUCCUAUGCAAAACAUUUACAUUUUACUCUCAUGAUCAAUUAUAGUUACUUUUAAAAACAUGAAUAAAUCAGAAACCAGCUGCAGCUCUGAAACUCAUCUCUAUAUUCAGAUCGGGGUUUUUCCGCCCUCUGGUGGUCAAAAUGGGAGCUACAGCCUUAGCGACGCUGCGUCGUUUUUAUUAAGCUGUUGCUCAGGGCCCCGGGCCAGUAGAUGCCCC